AUGAGAGUUCGUCUCAAAGGAGAUGCGAUCUGUACCCUCUUCCUGCUGGUAGCACUUUGCUCUUUACUCUACUCCCAGUUGGAACAUUUAGUCCCAGCAGGAAACAAGGAGCCAACACAGAAGCAGAAGCCUUUGGUAACACCAAAAACAUUGUCUGACCCCAGACCACCUUGGAAACCAGUACCAGCAGAGGCAACAGUACCCAGCCCUCAGGUAACUCCUAUUGUUAGACGGACAGAAGUGGCCAACAACAGAGUCCAAGCUACGACUCCAACCCCGUUGACUGAUUCUGCCUUCAACUUCAAGCACUAUCUCCUAAACAAGGAUAACAGGAACUUCAAUCUCCUCAUUAACCAGCCCAAGAAAUGCAGGAAGACACCUGGAGGUCCCUUUCUGCUCAUUGCUAUCAAAUCAGUCAUUGAAGACUUUGACAGACGUGAGAUUGUCCGGAAAACUUGGGGCAGGGAGGGCUUGGUGAAUGGGGAGCAGAUCCAGCGAGUGUUCCUUCUGGGAACACCAAAGAACAGGACAGUGCUGGCAACAUGGGAGACCCUGAUCCAGCAGGAGAGUCAGGCAUACCGGGACAUUUUACUCUGGGACUUCAUGGACACUUUCUUCAAUCUGACCCUGAAGGAGAUCCACUUCCUGAACUGGGCUGCUGAAUUCUGCCACAAUGUGAAAUUUAUUUUUAAAGGUGACGCCGAUGUUUUUGUCAACGUCGAGAACAUUGUUGACUUCCUGGAGAGACAUGACCCUGCUGAGGACCUCUUUGUUGGAGACAUCAUCUACAAUGCCCACCCUAUCCGUGUCCGAAAGAGCAAAUACUAUAUCCCAGAGACCAUGUAUGGGCUGAGCAUCUAUCCAGCCUACGCAGGAGGAGGAGGGUUUUUGCUGUCCAGCUGCACCAUGAGGAAGCUCUCCAGGGCUUGCAGAGAGGUGGAACUCUUCCCCAUCGAUGAUGUCUUUUUGGGCAUGUGCUUACAGAGAAUCAACCUCAAACCCAUUUUGCAUGAAGGAUUCAAGACCUUUGGCAUUGUCAAGCCCUCUGCUGCCCCACACCUACAGACAUUCGACCCCUGUUUUUACAAAGAUCUCAUGGUGGUCCACAGUCUGAAAGUUGCUGAGAUCUGGUUAAUGUGGAACCUGCUCCACAGCCCACGUCUUUCCUGUACUCAGAAAAAGCAAGUGAAGAAGCCUUUCCAAUGGAAGAAGAAAGCUCAAAUAACAACACAGGCACCACCCCUCAGAUAA